UCGGUAUUACGCCAUCAGUGUCGGUAGGGUUGGAACCAACGACACUAGUCCGUGACAUGGGCGCAGUGAAAAGGCAGGAUCAACAAGAACCACUGGAAAGGCCUACUACGCGCAAAGCUACAUCGAUCCGUCCGCAGGCAUCGAAACCGAACAGCGUUGUGACGGGUGCGGGAAAAGGACCAGCUAAUAUUAGUGGCCGGAAGCAAUCGCAAUCGGUGAACGGUGGUUCUUCAUCUGCAGCCCGCAACACCACCGCCGACAGUGCAUUGGUAUCGAUCGAUUUCUGGGAAAACUAUGAUCCAGCUGAGGUAAGCCGAACCGGAUUCGGUUUGAUCCUGUCGGAAUCGGUUCCCGUACGAGCACUAUGUUUUCUGUGUGGUAGUGCCGGCCUCGAAGAUAUGCUGUUCUGUGUGUGCUGCUGUGAACCGUAUCAUCAGUACUGCGUCAAGGAUGAGUACAAUCUGCGGGCCGGCAAUGGUGGAGCCCUCGAUGAUACGCUCAACGUUAGUCUGCUCGAUGUAACGCUCGGAGCAUCUCCCCAGGAACAGCAGCAACAGCUGCUACUGGGACGCUUCAACUGGAUGUGCCCUCGGUGUACGGUGUGCUUUAGCUGUAACAUGGCCACCGGUUCGAAGGUCAAGUGCCAGAAGUGUGCCAAGUAUUAUCACACGACCUGUCUCGGGACAAGCAAACGAUUACACGGAGCCGAUCGGCCACUCAUCUGUGCCGAUUGUUUGCGCUGCAAAAGCUGCUCCACCACGAACGUCACCAAGUUUAUCGGCAAUCUGCCAAUGUGUACGCCCUGCUUUCGUCUCCGCCAGAAGGGUAACUACUGUCCGUUGUGUCAGAAGUGCUACGAGGAUAAUGAUUUCGAUCUGAAGAUGAUGGAAUGCGGCGACUGUCGGCGCUGGGUGCAUGCCCGUUGUGAGGGGCUGACAGAUGAACAGUACAACAUGCUGAGUGUGCUACCGGAGAACAUUGAGUUUAUCUGCAAAAAAUGUGGCAAGCACAACGAGACGGCAAAUAUGUGGCGUGAUGCGGUCGCUGCCGAGUUCAAGGCUGGUUUGUUGAGUGUCGUGAAGCUGCUUAGCAAGAGCCGACAGGCGUGCGCUUUGUUGAAGCUAUCCCCACGUAAGAAGACACCCAAUUGUUCCUGUGGGGCGGCCACAUCCAGCGGCAGCAUAACGAUCACCGGAGGAAAGAAUAUUUCCUUCUUCGCGUCCGGGAGUACUAGCAGUGGGCGCACUGAUCCCGAUGUGAGUUUGUCGAAAAAACCAAAGCUAGAGCACGAGGACUCGAUCUAUGAUUUCAACAGCGAGAACAGUUGCGGCAGUAGCAGCGGAAAUAGUAAUGCCGGAUAUGCAGUCGUCCCGGCACUCGGUGAACGACCAACGGUCAAGUGCUUCUGCGCGCUGCGACAAACGACAAAGUCGAACACGGAGAUCAGUCUGGUCGAGAUCAAGCAGAAGAUCAGCGCAAACGAGUACUACUCGCUACAGGAUUUCCAUUACGACAUGAACACUCUGCUCGGUACGGUCGGUUCCGAGGAACUGUCCGUGGCAUACAAGGAGUUUCUGAGUGAAACGUUCCCCUGGUUCCAGAACGAAACGAAAGCCUGCACCGAUGCGCUAGAAGAGGCGAUGUGUGGUGAGGUGUCUGAUAAUGGAUCCACAGGCAUCGAUCAUCGUUACAACGGUGGCAAUGGGUCUUCGAUUAAUUCCUGUAGUGGUGGCAGUGGUAGCACAUCGGGAACAAGCGGUUCCAAUGCACAUUCGUUGGAUUCGCUAGAUCAGAAGGUGCCGCAGAUCAAUGUGCCACUUGACGAGCUAGCCGAUUACUUCCACGACACGGAAGAGGAACCGCUCGACACGCGUAUCUGCAUGCUGUGUAAGCAGCAAGGCGAAGGCAUGCCUCUGCACGAGUCACGGUUACUGUUCUGUGGCCAGAACAACUGGGUGCAUAUCAACUGUGCGCUCUGGUCGGCGGAAGUAUUUGAAGAAAUCGACGGUUCGUUGCAGAACGUACACUCAGCGGCAUCACGUGGUCGAUUGAUUAAGUGUUGCCAUUGCGGUGUGAAGGGCGCCACGGUCGGUUGUAAUGUCAAGAACUGUGGCGAACAUUAUCACUUCCCCUGUGCACGACGUAUCGGCUGUGUGUUUAUGCUCGACAAGACUCUGUACUGUCCAGCGCAUGCCAGCGAAGCGAAGAAGAAACGAUGUCCCGAGGAGAAGAACUUUGAGAUCGCACGUUCUGUAUACGUGGAGCUGGAUCGACGAAAGAAGCGGUUCGUGGAACCUGCGCGGAUACAGUUCAUGAUCGGGGCGCUGCACGUGCGACGACUCGGUCAUAUUGUGCCGAUGUUUAGCGAUCAGGAAGACGUGAUCAUACCGACCGAUUUCGAGUGUAGCCGAUUAUACUGGUCGUCGAAAGAACCAUGGAAGAUCGUUUCGUAUCGCAUCAAGACAAGCAUACAAAGCAACAACUACUGCUAUGGGACGGA